UAUACACGGGAUUUUUAAAAUCUGUAUCUUUUAGACAACUCCUAAGAAUCAUUCUAUCAGUGAAAAGAAAAGAAGUUCGAUCAUUAUUUAGUAAAUUUGGUAAAGUAAUUCCGAAAAAUACAUUUUUAUCAUAAUGAACGCAAUAAAGGAAGGAGAUAAUAUUCUAUUACUCUGGGAAAGCAGCGACCAAAACGAUUUGAAUUUGUUAGUGAAUGAAUUAAAAAAUAUAACCAAAACCGGACAGAUUGUUUUAGAAAACUCGGGAAUGAUUACUGACUCAUCUCGGCCACAUUCAUCUUUUGAUGUAGUUCUGUCUAACUGGAUCCCACCUCAUUCUCUGAACCACACGGACAACCUUUUAGCUCUUAUUGUUAAACUUCUCAAACCCAGUGGUAAACUUGUAUUGAAUAAUAAAACAGAUCUUACUAGUGCGCUUAAAUUAAAUGGUUUCAUCAAUGUCAAUAAAGAGGGCAACAGCUUCAGAGCAGAGAAACCAAAGUUUGAGGUGGGCUCUAAAGCAUCUCUCAAAAUAAAUGGCAACUCUGCUGUAUGGAAAAUUGAUGACACUGUAGAGGCUCAGUGGAAUGGUGAUAACGACAAUGAUGUCAUUGAUGACAAUCAACUGCUAGAUGAAAACGAUUUAAAGAAACCGGAUAAGCAAUCUCUUAGAGUAUGUGCAACGACUGGAAAGCGGAAGGCGUGUGCAGAUUGUUCCUGUGGCCUUGCUGAGGAACUGAGAGGAGAAGUGAAGGACACACCAAAAUCUUCAUGUGGAAGUUGUUACCUCGGCGACGCGUUCCGUUGCGCCACGUGCCCGUACCUCGGUAUGCCUGCGUUCAAGCCAGGCGAGAAGGUGAUGCUCGACCUGAACUCUGACGUCUGAGCCGUAAGGUUCAUUUUUAUUAAUGAAUAAAUUUUACUCACCUGUUGUGAGCGCUUCUAUAAUAAAUAUUUAUUUUUAAUUUG